UUUUCGCCACACACAGUGAUCAGAGAAAAACACUACACUCUCAGUUAAACCUUCUCGAAAAAGCUUUCUUAUUUCUAACACAGACAUCAGAGAUGGCGUCUUCUCUCGCUCUUAAGAGACUUGUAUCUUCCUCCAUCCUUCCACGUUCCUGCAGCGUUCUUCGUCCUCUGGUUUCCUCUCGCCUUUUCAACACCAACGCCAUAAGAAGCUAUGACGACGACGGCGACGAUCUAGACCGGCGCUCUGAUCGUUCUGUUUCUCGCCGCCGUGGUGAUUUCUUCUCAGAUGUGUUUGAUCCAUUCUCGCCGACGAGAAGCGUUAGUCAGGUGCUGAAUCUGAUGGACCAGUUUAUGGAGAAUCCUCUGCUAUCAGCUACGCGAGGCAUGGGAGCUUCAGGAGCUCGUCGUGGUUGGGAUAUCAAAGAGAAAGAAGAUGCUCUGUACCUGAGGAUCGACAUGCCUGGGCUGAGUAGAGAGGAUGUGAAGCUUGCUCUGGAACAGGACACUUUGGUGAUUAGAGGAGAAGGGAAAUACGAAGAAGAAGAUGGUGGCGAGGAAGGAGAGAGCGGGAGCCGUAAAUUCACGAGCCGGAUUGGAUUGCCGGAGAAGAUUUACAAGAUCGAUGAGAUUAAGGCGGAGAUGAAGAACGGAGUUUUGAAAGUGGUGAUUCCGAAGAUGAAAGAAGCAGAGCGUAACGAUGUGCGUCAGAUUGAAAUCAACUGAAAUGCCUACGUUUUCUUUUAGUGUUGCGUUUGUUUUGUUGAUAUGUUGUCUUUUGAAUAAAAAGCGUGUGUUUUGGCCAGUGGGUACACGGUCGAUGCUGUAGACUGACUUAAAGAAAUCUCUUUUACGUUUCUCGAAACCAUGGUUUUCGUUUCUGCUGACA